AUGUUGGGGCAGAGCUUGCGCAGGUUCUCCACCUCCUUGGUUUGCAGGAGCCACUAUGAGGAGGGCCUGGGGAAGAACCUGCCCUUUUCAAUGGAAAACAAAUGGCGGUUGUUGGCAAUGAUGACUGUAUUCUUUGGAUCUGGAUUUGCUGCACCUUUCUUUAUAUUAAGACAUCAGUUGCUUAAGAAAUAAGAUUCUCCUAUACAGGAAUCAGAC